AUGAGCAGCAUUAAUGAAGGUCCGUAUAAUUCACCAACUUUUGGAAAAUCAUUGUCCUUAAAAGUAGAUGGUGGGUUCAAUGCCGUAUCUAUAAAUCCCUCCGGUAGGGAUGUUGUUUUGGCUAGUCGGCAGGGUCUUUAUAUCAUCGAUUUGGACGAUCCGUUCACGCCCCCAAGGUGGUUACACCACAUCACACCGUGGCAGGUUGCCGAUGUGCAAUGGUCGCCGCAUCCUGCUAAACCAUAUUGGAUAGUCUCAACAUCAAACCAAAAGGCAAUCAUAUGGAAUUUAGCAAAACAUUCAUCAAAUGCAAUUGAGUUUGUACUUCACGGUCAUUCAAGAGCAAUCACGGAUAUCAAUUUUAACCCACAGCAUCCUGAUGUUUUGGCCACAUGUUCGGUUGAUACGUAUGUGCAUGCUUGGGACAUGAGAAGUCCACAUAGACCAUUUUAUUCGACAAGUUCAUGGAGAUCUGCUGCUUCUCAAGUGAAAUGGAAUUAUAAAGAUCCAAACGUCCUGGCCUCCUCGCAUGGAAAUGAUAUAUUUGUAUGGGACUUAAGAAAGGGCUCUACCCCUCUUUGUUCUUUGAAAGGGCAUGUCAGUUCCGUAAAUAGUAUAGACUUUAACCGAUUUAAAUCCACUGAAAUAAUGUCAAGUUCGAAUGACGGAACAGUAAAAUUCUGGGACUAUUCAAAAAGUACGACAGAGUCUAAGAGGACAGUAACAACAAACUUUCCAAUUUGGAGGGGACGUUACCUUCCUUUUGGAGAAGGCUACUGCAUCAUGCCAAUGGUUGGCGGAAACAAUGCAGUUUAUUUAGUUAAUCUAUGCAAUGACGACGACAAUGAAGAAAAUAAGAAAACAAAACUUCAACCAAUCUAUGCAUUUAAAGGCCACAGUGACCGAGUAAUUGACUUUCUUUGGAGAUCAAGACACACCUACGAUGGGGAUUACGAUGACCGGGAAUUUCAAUUGGUCACUUGGUCUAAGGAUUGCGAUUUGAAGUUAUGGCCGAUAUCUGAUAGUAUCUAUGGGAAAGUGAAUUUUGACAGAACUAAGAGACUUCAAGAAAAAUUUGCAGACUAUGAUUACUGCUCAUAUAAUAAGGAACCUGAGAAUAAAGACAAUGUUCAAAAGGAUGAAUUUAAGCGGGUACGAGAAAACUUCGUAACAAAAUCCGGCCUAAAGAAAAAUAAGGCCAAUCAUAUCACCUGGCUUUCAGGAAUCAGAAUGAAUAGCGCCAAUUCGCAAGAGGAUUUGUUCAACGAGACGAAAAUCCAAAAUUUGGGUGAGGAAGUAAGUGCUAUUGGCCACAAGUUUCCAAAGGUCGUUUUUGAAAAGAUUUCCGUGUCCACACGUGAAUUAUGCCUGACACUCAAUGGCCCUUGGUCAGAAGAAAAUCCUGACGAGUAUGUCUUCUUGCGUAUAAGCAUUAACUUUCCUUCCAACUAUCCAGGCAAAGGGAGCCCUCCCAAGUUUAUAAUUGAAGAGAAUACUAAUUUAACCACGGGCAAGAGGCAAGAAAUACUUUCUAAUUUAGCCACAAUUGGUCAGAAAUAUACCGAUUCAAAUCUUUAUUGCUUGGAACCAUGCAUACGAUUUGUUUUAGGUGAAAAAGUAAGCUUAGAAGAUAUCGGAGAAGGUCAGGAACCGUUACUAAAUUUUGAUAUUGCAGAUCAUAUAGAUUUUGAAGAUUUGUCGUCAUUAGACAGUUCAUAUUCUGAUACCCAAAAUCUGGAGGACCUCUCUUCGCAAUCUGAUACAGAACCGUACAAGGAAGCACUGGUAUUUCCUGAUACAUCGAAUCCGGGCUUAAAUUUUGGAAGAAACCUAGCUCUGGAUACCACGCCCGUUCCAAAUGGAUGUGGAUCUUGCUGGACUGCGACUGGGCAACUUUUCUGUUUCUUCGCAAAUGACAAGAAACCUGAAAAAAAGCAAAAUACAAUGAUUAAAUUGUCCCAAAAAGAUACAGGAUUAGAUAGACAUCCAUUUAAAGUGGAGCCUCAAGUUUUAUACGAUAAAGAAAUUGAUGGCGAAGACAUCACUGCUGUUGAAGAAACGAAGACUCGCCCUAAGCGUUAUGUUGACACAUUAGGAAUAGGAAGUAGUACUAAUGGCGAUACAAGAACAUACUCUGAAGAUGAAUCAUCUUCCGAUGACUCGUUUGAUAGUGUUGCCGACGAUUGGGAUGAUAUACUAAGAAACGAUAUAAUAGUGAGAACAAAAAUUCCCAUGCUAAGAGGUAAUUUUAGAGCUUUCAGUUCAGUACAUUCUGAAUCCGGAAAAACAGUAGAGUCUACCAAAAGGAAUAGAAACCUCGUAAUAUCCAAAGAUUUUAGCAGUUUACUAAGCGAUCGUAGGGAACUAGCACUGGAAUACCUAUUUAUGGAUGUUACACCAGAAGAAUUUGCCAGAAAUAAUGCCUUAGUGGCAGAAAAGUUUGAGCUUGACGAGAUUAGCCAUUGUUGGCAAAUAUUAUCGGAUAUGCUAAUAGACCAAGAUGAUUGCGAUCCUUAUGCCACCAUUUGGAAUAAUCAUCCUAUGGGGAUAAAAUGGUUCAUCAAGAAGGCAAUCAUUUACUUUGAAAGGCAACAAAACCUGCAGAUGCUCGCUAUGUUAUGUUGUGUAAUUUUGAGCGCUAGAAAAAGAACGAGCUCAGCUUACAAUGCAGGGAGGUACUAUGGGCAAGAAUUGGAGAAUAUAGAAGGAAUGAUUGUGUUUAAUGAUGAUGAAAGUCAAAAUACAUCCUUUUGGAAAGAGGCGGAUACUUUCUCGGCUAGAUCCAGAAGUAGCACUGUUACACCGAACUGUUAUACCCCUCAUUUGAGGGGAAAAAACAUCAACCCAGAAGACAACUCCUCAAUAAGGUCCGAUGACUACUAUUCUAAAUCAAGGACACACCAUACAUUGAGUGGUGGCAAUAAAUUUUUAGACGCCGCUCAGAAGCGAAGUAGUCGAGCUACUCCAUCUAGCGCUUUUCAUAGUAGGGUGCCCGACAUUAAAGUCGAACUUUUACAUGACGAUAUUAUGGAUGCCUACGAAGAGGAGGAUCUAUUGCAUUUAGAGCCAUCAGACAUACCAAAGUUUCAAACUUAUAUUUAUCAAUAUUCAAAAUUGCUUUUCAGAUGGGGUUUACCGUUAGAAAGGGUCAAAAUUCUAAAAGUUAGUACUGAGUUUAGAUGUUCUUAUAGUUCUCCCGAUGUUGUGUCUAAGAAAUAUAGCCAUAGUCCUUAUAAUGGUAUACUCACGCACUGGAUCGAAAAUGAAAAUCCCGGAGAGGAGAGAUUUAUUGCUCGAAAUUGUAACUACUGUGAUUUGAGAGUAACAAGAAAUAGUUUCAUAUGUGGCAAUUGUCAACAUGUUUUACAUUCUUUAUGCGCAAGAACCUGGUGGGAGAUUGGUGAUGAAUGUCCCUCUGGAUGUGGGUGCAAUUGUCCAGAUGCGUUCGAUGCGUAG